CCACCUCCAAUUGAGCCAUAGAAAUCCCUCAUCGCUCGAGUCAAUGAAAUCGGUAAUAAUAGAAGCACUUAUAUUUAUUAGUUACCUAUUAGGUCUCAUCCGCACAGAGGUUUCACAGGAGAAGACAGAGGUAAUUAUUACCAUGGAAGAGAGCCUGAAAAAUUACCUCAGACAUGAACGAAAGUUGCCAGAAGAAAAUAUUAGAUUACUGGAAACAGAUAAGAUUGAUAUGAGCAUAGUACCAUUGAUGGGAGAGGAUGAAUUAAAAAAAUAUGUUCCAUAUUAUGGAGACCGCCUAGCAAUGAAGAAUUUCUGUGUUCAGAGUAAUAAGGGGAAAAGAGAAAGUCUCCUGGAAAAAAUUAGAAAAAAGUACGCAUCAAAGCAUGAUCUGAUGGAGAAUAGGAAAAAGGAGAAGUCGAAGGUUUCGAAGAAGGAUAGAAUCAUUGAUCUUGGAUGGCAACAUAAGAACAAAGACAGUCAAUGUUACCGUCAAGUACGGACCAAACAAGGUGGGGGGACAAGGAGCAUCAAAAUUAAUUUGUCCAGCACAAAAAAUGAUAUUCUCUCCAGAGCAAAAGAUAUUUUCUUUCCAGAUGGUAUUUCGGAAAAGGGGCACAUUUCAAAAUUUCGAUGUGAGCUGUGGGAUUUCAAAUGUAAUCUUAUUGAUUAUGAUAUUGAUGUAUCGGAAAUGUAUACAUUAUCAGGAUUGAAUCGUUUGAGAUUUUAUCUAUCUACCGAAGAAAAAGACUUACCUCGCACUGUAACUUCCGAGGAAUCUAGUAGUGAACAUGUUGAUUCACAAGUUGAAACAUUGCUAACUAGGAAUGACAAUGAGCAGGACCUUUCCCAAAAUAUCACCACACAAUCAGCAUAUUUCAGUGAGCAGGUUGAUGUUCGAUCCACAACAUAUACACCGGAUGUUCUAGAUCAAUAUUUGCUAUUUAAACAUACCGACUAUGACCUUCCUGAAAGUCCUCCUGGAAAUAGAGUGUUACCAGAAAAUAUGUUAUUGGAACCUCAGAUAUUACAACCUCCACUUAUAAUGAGAGAGCAGCAAAAACCCACCAAAGUGUUGAUACUCCACCGUGGGAAUGUAUUUGUGGAAAUGAAGGAAAUUUUCAAAGAUAUUAAUAUGGAUUGUAUCCCUGAAAUUCAAAUGAUAUUACCUAAUGGCCAAAAAGAAGGUGGAUAUGAUUUGGGAGGAAUUUAUAGGGAUGCUCUGAGUGAAUUUUGGGAAACUUUUUAUUCCCUUUAUACACUUGGUGCAGAAUAUAAAAUUCCAUACAUAAGACAUGAUAUGAAAGAAGAAGACUGGAUUGCCUUUUCAAAAGUUUUGAUCAAGGGAUUCAGAGAUGUCAACUAUUUUCCACUGAAAAUUGCCCCAGUUUUUAUAGAAUUCUGUAUUAUGGGAUAUUGCAAGAGUGACAUUUUGAUAUCAUUUUCGAAAUAUAUCGGGAGCAGAGACUGGGAAAUGAUUCAAACAGCUCUUCAUGAUUUCAAUUCAGUAGAUUUGGAUGAACUAAUAGAAGUUUUACAGAUUAUGGAAUGUAAGUGGACCCCUACAGAAGAGAAUUUCAGAACAUUAAUUUUAGAUAUUGCUCAUAAAGAGUUGAUUCAGAAACCUAUGUUUGUAAUAGACAAUUGGAAAAAGAUGCUUAAUAAUUUCAUAUCAUUCGAAGAUCUUCUCAAGAUAUAUGAAAAAAACAAACCAAUUCCGAAAAAUAUAUUACAAUCUCUAGAAUUCUCUGAAGAGAAUUCAGUAUCAACCUUUCUGAAAAGGUAUAUUAGAGAAGCAAAUGAUGACCUAUUGGAACGUUUGUUGCGGUUUUGUACUGGUGCUAAUAUGCUUACUCAAAGAAUGAUAACAGUAAAUUUCAAUUCAUCUGUGGAUUUGUACCGUGCUCCUGUUGGUCAUACUUGUUCAUACACAUUGGAACUGUCUAGAAACUACAAUAGUUUUCCCGAAUUUAGAUCAGAGAUGGAUGAAGUAUUGAAGUGCAAUAUAUGGGUAAUGGAUAUUGUUUAA